AGAUAAGCAUAAAUAAGUGUGUGUGUGUAUGUAUGUUUUAAAGUAAUAAAUAAAGAAGCAAGAUCUAAGUAGAAGGCUAUUUAUGGAUGUCAAUGAAGAAAAUAUAAAACAAUAUUUCUGAAAGAAAAAAGUCAAGUUUGUGUGUGCGUUUAAUGAAAACUUCCAAUGUUAUUGAUAUAUUUAGCCUCGUGGAUGGCCCUGGUCCUCGCAGAGUCUGAUCCUACCAAGGUUUGCCUCCCUGAUCAAAUACAAGCAUACAUGUAUACCGUAGAAACAGAUGCAACAUCUUUGGCAGUCAUGGACUUCACCAAAAAGAUAAUCGCCAGCUUUACAGGGAACGCCAGUAUUGUUGAAGAUUUAGCUAAUAAAACUUCCUAUAUAACUGACGCUACCGGAAGCUGCUUCUCGUCACCUUUACUUGCGAACAGUGUCUUCCCACAAUGCCUGCCUGCCACUGCUGUCAAAUUAGGAGAUAUUUACAUAGGUUUGGACACUUCAUCUUUACCACUUCAGACUUGGCAAUACCCAAUUGACAGAGGCGUUUUGAAGGUGGCUUUUAGCAAUCAGCCCAACGAGCUAAGACAUCCGGUCUUAACAAGAUACUCAGAUGGUCACAGUAUCACAGUGUCGACCUUCUUUUUUAACGUGACUACCACUAUCACCAAACCUGAACUGUUAAACAUCCCUGACCUUUGUCCACCAAAGGUCAUUGUCUGAAAUAUAUCUUUUUAGUUUCUUUGUAUUAUAAAGAUUUAUAGUUGAUAUAGAUUUUUUUUCGUUUUUUAACGUGGAUUCUAGAUCUAUGUGAACCACUUGUCAUGGAUUGUGUGUCCGAGUUACUGAUGUAACCAUGAGAAAAAGUGGGCGGAUGGUUUGGUUGUGUAGGCUGAAUAGAUUCUGAUGAAAGCACGAGGUGAUCUGUCGUAGUUCAAGUUAAUAAAGUGAAAGUUGACGCGGCGAGAGACAUGCGAGAGACGUGUGGACGUAUAUUUUGUUUUAGUGAAUUAUAACUUGUUUAGUUGGUUUUUUUUUAAUUAUUUUGUUUCUGCGUACAUCUAGGUUCAAAUUGUAUCUGUGUCUAUGUGUCUGUGUUUAGUUUUG